UCUAUACUAGACCCAGCCCGCUCCUGUUUGCAAUCAUGUACCGGUAUGUAAACAUAAAAAUAGAGCAUAUCAAAUAUAUCAAAGAAUAUAUGUUGACUCAAGAUAAAUUUAUCACGCAUCGUCCAAGGGAGAGCCAUCCCAACCUCUUAUUCAACAAUACCUUCAUUUACCAGAAGUGUGCACUGAGUCAAAAUCGUCAAAAGACAAAUCGAAGAAGACGCAAUCUUGACCACGAUUGAACAUGUACAAAUACGACUCCCUGCCUAAUGUCGACGGUAAUGAACAACGACAAGAAAAACACCACACGAGCAGUCACACUACACGUCCAUAUUCAAGGCGGCUGAACCAUGAUGACAACGACACGAAUUGUUUAAUCCACAGAUGUAAUUGUUUUAAUAAUCCAGUGGCAUUUCUAACUCUCAUAAUACUUUUAUACACCGUACUUGUAGCAGCUGGGGCUUAUCUAGGUGGAAGUAUAAGUACUAUUGAAAAGCAAUUCCAGCUUUCAAGUUCCGAAUCUGGUUUUAUUGCUACCGUAAACGACAUAGUGACACUUUCGCUCGUUAUCUUCAUCACCUAUUACGGCGCAAAAUUUCACCGUCCUAGGAUACUUUGUGUUAGUGGCAUAAUCGUAGGGAUCGGCCACUUUCUUUUUUCAAUACCACAUUUUACUUCAGAACCUAUACUCAAUAACCACUUAGUACUGCAUAAUGACAGUGAUGGUACUAGUUACAUCGAUACCGACAAUGAACUGUGUUUCAGUGACGUGGUUCAGGAUGGGUGUGCACCCGGGGGUUCAAAAGAAGGGCAACAGUUAGGUGUGGCAUGGUUGAUAAUGGGGCAAAUCCUGAUUGGUAUCGGGUCGGCACCAAUGUUCCCAUUGAUUCUUACGUACUUGGAUGACUCAACAGUGGAUUCAACUACCAUGUCGAUUUACAUUGGUAAGCCAUCAUUGUUAUCAAUGGCAGACCCUCAAUUUUUCAAACAGUUUCAGAUAUUAGUAGUAGUAGUAAUAGUACCACCAGUAUUAGUAACAGUUAUUUAUUUUGUGCGAAUUUGUAUUUCUACGAAAGGUCUUAUGAAGGCAAUGAAGAGGAUUAUUACCAACCCGACAAUCGUGUUCUUAAAACUCACAGUCGCCUGUGAUUUGGCUAUCGUUGCUGGAUUUAUGUUCUUCGUCGCCAAAUAUAUCGAGAAACAAUUUGCAGUAUCGGCCGCCACUGCUUCUAUUAUACUUGGUGUGAUAAAUUUACCGGGAAGUGUGUGCGCUAAUAUUGCCAGUAGUUUUUUUGUCAGAAAGUUCAAGUUAACUCCACUUGGGCUUUGUAAAAUGCUUGCAAUAUUGUCUAUAAGUUCACUUCUUUUUGGCAUCCCUUUGCUGUUUAUCGGAUGCUCAAACCCUGCUGUUGCUGGUGUUACUACCUUUUACAAUACUACUUACAAACAAGGCUCCUUACCAAAUGUUAACAACAUCUGUAACUCGAACUGCGCAUGUUCAGAGAAUGUUUAUAACCCUGUGUGUGGCUCGGAUGGAAUAACGUAUACGAGUGCCUGUCAUGCCGGAUGUAUUGACGUUUGGAAUGAAGAAAUGAAGGACGAACUUGGUGACAUUCCGAACAACGAUACGAUUUUCAUCGGGUGCAGUUGCAUAGUCACUGGAGAUGUAUGGGAAACUACAGACGGGUUGAUUGAAGGCGGAAUUGCCACUGAAGGAUCAUGUGACUGGACAUGUGAUAAGAUACUUCCAUUUGUCCUCAUUGUAGCUAUUAUUACCAUUUUCGCUGCUAUGAAAACAAAUCCAAAUCUUAUGCUGUCGUUGAGAUCCGUUGACCCAAAUGAUCGUGCACUUGGGAUAGCGUUUGGUUCUGUUGUCAUUAGGGUACUUGGCUACUUUCCUGCUCCGAUCUAUUUUGGCGCCGUUAUUUCCAGUGCGUGUUUGAUUCGCCAGGAAUCGUGUGGUCGUGAAGGAGCGUGUCUCGUUUACGAUCUUGAGCGAUAUCGCUACUCAUUCAUCGGACUGUUCGUUGGGUUAAAAGUUUUAGUCGUAGUGCUUACUUUCUGUGUAUACGGCAGCAUAAAUCGCGAUCGUUUGAAGAACAAAUCAAAACCAUCAAUGGAGCUUGUGGAAAAUGAUAUUGUGCCACACCAUACGAACGAAGAAGAAAUUUGUCAUACUGUAACAGUUUGCUAACUAAAAAUGUACUUGAUCAUACUUGUCAAUUGGAAAUGGUAUGUGAGGGUUGGGAGGGGGACAUUCAUGAGUACAACGGUUGAUAGUGUAGUUUAUUAAAAGGAAAGUCAAACUAAUAAUCUUAAAAUGCCCUCAUUCAUCUUUUCAGAAUUGCAAAUACCCUAUCGUCGCAGUGGAUGAAAAAUAAAAAUAAAACCAGUUUUAAAUGUUGUGUAAUUAAUAUUCAACCGAUACAAUCAGGUCAUUGACAAUCUGCUUUUUUAAGAAGAUGUUUUUGUUGUUAAAUCUUAGUGGGAAAUAUGACAUACAAACACUUUUGUAAUGCAUGUAUAUUGAAGGCAUACGAUGAAAAUAUUCAUAGGCCUAUAACUGCUUUUCAGGUUAUCACACCUCAAUUACAAAAAACACAAAUGUAAAAUUCCCAAAAACAAUAACUUGAAUAGCCUAUGUUGAAAACACAAAUGUAAAAUUCCCAAAAACAAUAACUUGAAUAGCCUAUGUUGAAAACAUAAAUGUAAAAUUCCCAAAAAUACAAUAGCUUGAAUAACCUAUGUUGAAAUGUAUAUAAUAUAUAAAUAUUGUUGGUCUAAGCCUAUGCAUCAUAUGGCGAACUUUUAUCAAACAUACUGCGUACGUUCAUUAUGAAACUAAAUGUUUUGUAAUGUAAAAAAUGCAGUGGGUAGGUAUUUUUCCUUCAAGAAUCCUACAUAUGAAGUUUCAACUGUAACAUCAAAGUGUAUACUAUGGAACAUUUAAAAAUAUCAUUAUAUUACUAAACUAGAAAUUGCAAAUUGCAAGUGAAGUGCUGCGAAGUACAACUGCAUAAAAUGUUCUUCGAACAAAAUUAUUUAUGCGAGUCAAGCGAAA